AUGGCUGGGAAGACCAACAAAGCUGGAAACGCAGAGCCAAAUCCGGCCACUGUGGAGCCAUCAACAGCAGAGACGUCCGAGGCCACGUCUGAUCCCGCCGAUGCUCCUCUCAAAACCGAAGAUGGCGAAGCACAUACGUCUACGCAGCAACAGACGCUAGAAUCCACUGCAUCCAAAUCAGCCACCGACGGUGCUCACGACUACGCCGCCUCUCGCGCAUCUUCCGAGUCCGACGACAAAAACCCUCUCGCCUCUCCUUCCAAAAAGUCUGGCGGCAGAUCCAAAAAGGGCGGCAGAACCUCCCGUGGCAAGUCCAAUAGCUCAAAACGAAGCAGCGAAGAGCACGACACCCGCAAGGAAGACGUUGCCGCCGACACUACCGAAGAAACUGCCGAUCCAUCCACCUCCACCGGCAAUACCAACGAUGCCAACGGAACCACUGCAGCGCACGACGGAAGCGCACUCGAUGAAGCUGCCGAAGCGGAAGCGUCGUCAUCAGCAGCAGACGCGGAAGCAAGCUCAGAGUAUAUGCCUGACAACGCCCAGCCAAGAGGCGCAUCGGCCAGCAAAGAGCUCGCACAGCUCGGACUCGGCUCCUUUGGUGAUGGCGCCGAAGAUGACGUCGUAGGUCCUCGCCGUUCCCGUCGCGGCCCAGGUGCUUCGCCAGAUCCGAAAGCGCGCGUUCCCAAGGCCGAGCCUGAUACGGAUGUCUUGUCGUUGCAAUAUGUUGCCGCCCCGACUGCAAACAAUGCAACCGAAGAUGCAGCCGCUGCACCCGAGGAUAGUCCCAGCCAUCUCGACCAGCCAGCCGUAGAUAGCAAGGAGGAGCUCCAAUACCCAGAAGCCCCGAAAGAGGCGGUAUCCGAAGGUCAUGCCGACGCCAAGGCUGAGCUUGAAGUCGAACAACAAUCUGCAUUCACAGCCGACCCAGCGAAAGAGUCACAUGGGACCGACGCAGCUAACGACGACGAGUACGACGAGGCCGAGGCUACCUAUGGCGACGCAGAUGAGCAAGACGACGAAUUGGACGGGGAAGAAGCCGGUGACGAGGGCGUCACACGGUGUGUCUGCGGUAGCGCCGAUGAGAAUGUUGGUCUCAUGAUCCAGUGUGAGACGUGCAAGUGUUGGCAGCAUUGCGUCUGCAUGGGCAUGCAGGUCGAGGAGGACUGUCCCGACGUCUACUUUUGCGAGCAAUGUCGUCCAGAACUUCACAUUCCCCUCUUGCGUUCGCUCGGCUUGCUGCCCAAAGCCUCCAAGAAAGGCACAGCAAAAGGUGGCGCCAAAUAUUCGGCAAGGGAGCUCAAGGAAGCAAAGGAGGCCAUUGCGAUGCUCGCGCAAGAGAAUGCACGCAGGCAACAGGCCUCCGACACCGCGACCGCUUAUAAUCCGAGGGACAGAAAGGGAAGCCACAACUCGCGCAACGACACUUCCAAGGAGAUGCCCAAAAGCCCAAAGAGACGCAGCACCAUGAACAGCCGCGACACCGCGUACGGCGGCUGGGAGCCGCUCCCUCCAGGCCUUCUCGCCGACGGCGAAGUCUGGGACGGUGCCGACGACAAAAAAGGCAAAAAACGCAAGCGCGGUUUGCCUGACGACCAUGGUGACAGUUCUACGGAGACACCCGAAGCGGGAGAAGGUGCUGCAGAUGCUGGCUCGGACACCUCCAAGCGCCGUCGCAUGAGCGCAGGCGCCGCGCAGGACCAGGACGGCGAUGCCGAGAUGGACGAAGACGAAGCGUCUGGCGCUGCGGAUCACGCGGCUUCUGCAUCGCGCGACAAGAGCCACAAAAAGAAGAAGGGCAACAAUCAGUACACUGUUCGAGAGGCCUCAGUGGCUGCCGACGCCUCUGCAUCCAAGCCUCGUCACCCCAAUCAGUACACGUAUCGCAACAAGGAUCGUAACGGAGCAGCGACUGCUCCCAACGGCCAAAAGACGGGGUCGAGCUCGACAUCGAACCUAACCUCGCACUCUCCGAGCCCCAGUCCGAGCAAAGGCCGAGCAGAGCAUGCACGACGUGCGGCCGCGAGGGACAAUGGAAGUCAAAUUGGCACGCCUGCUCCGGGAGAGUCGGGUGCUUCUGGCCGUGGUGGUCAGCCGACUUUGUCCAUGCAGUUGAGCCUUCCCGAACAUCUCACGCAUCUGGCAUACUUGCUUCCGUACGCAGGUGGUCGAUUUGCUGGCUCAACAACGGGAGAGAACGGCACCGCCAAGAAGGGCUCGGCCUCUUCGAGCGGCCAGACGAGCUCAGUACCGUCACCGCCUGCGAGCUCGUCGUUCCCAGCGCCUUUCCAGGUGCUUUCAUCGAUCGAAUCGUCGACCAAAGUGCGCUUCCCAAGUCGUCGCAUGACGAUGGGCGAGAUGCGAAAGCGAGUACGCAAUAUUGGAGAGUACGUGACACGAAGCCAAAUCGAAGCUGUGGAACGCGAGAAACGCAUGAAGCUGCUCGGCAUCGUGCCUCCGUACAGGGACGAGAUGGCCGAAGAGGACGAGACUGGAGCGGAGGAAAUGCAAGGCAAUGUCAAGAACAUCGACGCUGGCACUGCAAGCGGAUUAACCGACGAGAAGAUUGCAGACCAGUCUGAUCCAGGGGAGGUUGCGACGGAUGCAGGCCCCGCGCAAGCAAAGGUGGAACAGCUGCCCUUGAGCAUGCGCUUGAUGGAGGAGUUGACGCGCGAAUUGAUCCACUUCCAGCGGAAAUUUGGUGCGGGACCGGGUAACUACGGCAGCCUCGGUGGUUCGCAUUCGUCUGCUACGGUCAACUGA